AUUAAUUCAACAGCAAAACUGCUUGUAAAUCUUGAAAGAAAGCAAAAACUUAUGGAAUUACCACAAAGUCAGACCAGACCAAUGCAAAUAAAAUUAUCGCCAUUGGAAUGUGGUUGGAGGAGUGUUACAAUGGAUGGCAGAAGCAUUGAAUCAGAUCUUAUUGGAAAAGAUACAUUUGAAAGUUUUGAAACCUGGAUUUUGGAAAACAAAAUGAUAACUUGUAUGACCGGUAAUUUAGCACGUAAGACUAGAAUCAAUUCAUUUAUAGUAACUGGAAAUGGAAAUGGAUUGGCUGGAUUUGCGUUAUCAAAAGCCAAAGCAUCCCUAAAGACGAUUAAAAAAUAG